UAAUUAUAGAUCUAUAAGAUAGCUUCUUUCUACAGCUCUCCUCCUUUUCUUUCGUAUUCCAAUCUCUCUAUCUCAGUAUCCCAAACACACAGGAACGAGCAUUUUUAACAUGGCCAGCGGAGAAAACGAAACUCACCUUGUUUUCAAUUUAGAAGGAGCACUACCUGCUAAAAUGGGACAAAAGUCUCUAAAUGUUGGAGGGACAAAGGACGAAGAAGAAAGACUCUCCUCUUUUCUCACAGGAUAUCAGUUCUUGCUGUCUAAAGAAAGACAAACAUCGAAGAGAAAUGUGUCAGUGGCUGAGUAUUGUAGUCAAGAAAGUGGAAAAUUGCUGCUUAAAGUUAAGAAGGGAGGACACUGGAAUUAUUAUGGCCACACUGAAAAAAGUCAGACCUACCUAUACCCAGAAGAGGCCCUCUACUUACAAGAAUGUGGAGUAAUGGAGAUUGUUUCAACUGGAGGCGGUCCUUGGACAAUUCAAAAGGCAUACCACACAUUUCUGAGAGGCAACAAGUCCCAGCUGCAAUAUUACCAGGUUUAUGCUGAUUUGAAGAGGUCCGGUUACAUUGUGCAAAGACCAACAGUAAAUCCUUCAGAGUCUCAAAUUCCCCAUCUUCUUUUAGUCUACAAACCACAAAAAUCUUUUAAAAAGACAUCCCCUGGUCCCCCGGACACUGUCAUCACAGUAACAAGUCCACACGAGUGUUUCCCAUUGCCUUCCACAGUGAGAGAGUUAAGGGACAGAUAUCCAAAUUCUCAGGUCCAGUACUCAAUCGUUAAUGGAAAGGACAUAACUUAUUAUUCAAUUUAUCAUCUCGACGCCUUACGAUUAACUUAAUAACUAUUAAUAACUACCAAUAGUUAAUUAAAAGUUAUUAUACAGAGCAUCGCACGCAUAUAUGAUUUCUAAUUUUGAUAAAUCAAGUAUUAUUGUGAAAAAGAAGCCUAUGAAGUUAAAA